AUGAAGAAACGGCAGGACGCCAUCGAGGAAGCCUACGCCGCGCAGUGGGACGAGGGCAAGGGUUCGCAUCACCCCGACUACAACCCCCAGGCUAAGGGCAAGCACGUGAUGAAGGCGAGCCGCGAGACCGAGGAGCUGCUCCAGGCCAUCAUAAAGCUCAUUUACAAGAAGAUCGAGGAGGGCGCGGACGUCAACUUCGUCUUCAUGGAGGCGUAUAACGCCCCCAACGGGUACACGCCGCUCAUGUCCGCGUGCCAUCGCGGCCGCGUCGAAGCCGCCAAGGCGCUCCUUCGAUCCGGAGCUGAUCCCAACUACGAGAACGACGCCGGCGAUCUCACCUUGUUCUGGGGCAUCGACGGCGGCAUCGAGCUCAUCAAGGUGCUGCUGCAGUACGGCGCCGACAUCGACGCGACGUCGUCCAAGAAGGACUGGACGCCGCUGUCCUACGCGAAGGCGAUGGGCAAGUACGGGCUCACCUCGGAGAAGGGCAUCUACCCCGAGGACGUCCUCAAGUACUACGGCGCGACCAAGUACGGCAAGGGUCCGGAUUGCCUCGGCGUUAGGUCUCCGCGGGAGAGCUUCAACCCGAGCAAGGAGACGUUCAGCCGCGAUCGCGGUUCCUACCAGAAGGAGCCCGAGCACCCGUAG